AUGGAAGAAAUUAAAUUCAGAAACGAAAUUCCAGUGGAAUCACAGUUGAAUUCGCCUGUCGUUAAUUUCUAUACGGGUAGAUCAGUGUUUAUUACAGGCUGUACCGGUUUUCUGGGCACGGCGUUCCAGAGGUUGAAUGAGUACAACCCCAACUUCAGAGCAAAGAUUAAACCAAUAAGUGGUGAUAUUUCAAAAAAAUAUAUCGGUGUCAAUGAAAACGACUUAUCUUUACUUCGUCAAGAGAUAUCUAUAGUGUUUCAUUCUGCCGCAGACACUUCUUUUGAUAUGAGUUUGAAUGACGCUGUCAAUAUAAACACUAAAGCUACUGAGGAAUUGUUGAAAAUUUGCAAAGACAUGCAUCAGUUGAAAGCUUUCGUAUACGUAUCAACUGCUUACAGCAAUUGCAACAGAAGUGUUAUAGACGAAAAAGUAUAUCGCUGUGAUGUACCAUUAGAAACACAAUACGAAGUACUUGAGUAUUGUAAAAGUGAGCGCUUGACUCAAUAUUUGCUCGAUGGACGACCUAACGCCUACUCAUAUUCGAAGGCACUCUCUGAAGAACUAAUACAGAAUUACUCGAAUGCCGUACCAUCAAUCAUCAUCCGUCCUUCAAUUAGUAUGCCCUCUCACUCUGUUUAUUAA